GCCGAUCGAGAUUCGCGAGUUUUUUAAUUCCUCGCCUCCACCGCUCGGGGCGAAAAAUAUACUUUAAAAAACAAAUCAAAAACAAAACAUGAGGGAUUUGCGAGAGCCGAGGGGGAGAGAACGAUUGUGGCGUCAGGUCUCGAUGUGUGCUUCUUCUUGACCCUCCGGGAUCUCUCGCACUCCUCCCCCUUUCGCCCCGAGAAACACUAGCGUUCCCUCGAUUCCUCUCUUCGUGUAUCUCUCCACUCCCCUCUUCCGAUGGAGAUCUCUCGAUCGCUGGCAGUCCUCCCAUGGAUCACGCUGGCGCUCGUGCUCUCCUCCAUCACCAGCGGAUACUGCUUCUACCUCCCCGGCGUCGCCCCGGCGGAUUUCAAGAAGAAAGAUCCACUUCCGGUGAAGGUGAACAAAUUGACUUCUACAAAAACUCAGCUUCCAUACUCCUAUUACUCACUACCUCACUGUAGACCAGAUACUAUAGUUGAUAGUGCAGAAAAUCUUGGGGAAGUUCUUCGUGGUGAUCGUAUCGAGAACUCCCCCUAUGUGUUUGAGAUGAGAGAGCCCCAGAUGUGUCAAAUUGUCUGCAAGAUUACGCUCAGUGACAAAGAAGCUAAGGACCUUAAGGAAAAGAUAAAGGACGAGUAUCGGAUCAACAUGAUUCUUGACAAUCUUCCACUAGUUGUUCCUAUAAAAAGGCUUGAUCAGGAUUCCCCUACAUUGUAUCAACAUGGCUUCCAUGUUGGUGUCAAAGUCCUACCUACUGGGGGUAAGGAUGAAAAGUAUUUUAUCCACAAUCAUUUAUCUUUUGUAGUCAAGUAUCAUCAGGAUGUUCAGGUGGAUCUUGCAAGGAUAGUGGGUUUUGAGGUCAAGCCAUUCAGUGUUAAACAUGAGUAUGAAGGUGAGUGGAAUGGUGUUAAGACUCGCCUGAGCACGUGUGAUCCCCAUGCCAAACGUUUGGUUGCGAGCUCUGAUUUUCCACAAGAAGUCGAACCAAACAAGGAGAUCAUAUUCACAUAUGAUGUUGCAUUUCAGGAGAGUGAUGUGAAGUGGGCAUCUCGAUGGGAUACCUAUCUUCUAAUGACUGAUGACCAAAUUCACUGGUUCUCUAUUGUCAAUUCAUUAAUGAUUGUUCUCUUCCUUUCUGGGAUGGUGGCCAUGAUCAUGCUGCGAACCCUCUACCGAGAUAUUUCCAAGUACAAUCAGCUGGAAACUCAAGAAGAAGCCCAAGAGGAGACGGGAUGGAAGCUUGUUCAUGGGGAUGUCUUCAGGCCUCCAGCAAAGUCAGACUUGCUGUGUGUUUAUGUUGGCACAGGUGUUCAGUUCUUUGGCAUGCUUCUCGUAACCAUGAUUUUUGCAGUUGUUGGUUUCCUUUCCCCAUCAAACCGAGGAGGAUUGAUGACAGCCAUGCUCCUACUUUGGGUCUUCAUGGGUCUCUUUGCUGGGUACUCCUCUGCCCGUCUCUACAAGGUGUUUAAGGGUACAGAAUGGAAGAAACUCACCCUCAGGACAGCAUUCAUGUUCCCUGGAAUCAUGUUUGCUAUCUUUUUUGUCUUGAAUGCCCUUAUCUGGGGGCAGAAGUCUUCUGGCGCUGUGCCCUUCACUACAAUGUUUGCCCUUGUACUGCUCUGGUUUGGUAUCUCGGUGCCUCUUGUGUUUGUAGGUGGUUAUAUUGGGUUCAAGAAGCCAGCAAUCGAGGAUCCUGUGAAGACAAACAAAAUCCCCAGGCAGAUACCUGAACAGGCUUGGUACAUGAAUCCAAUUUUCUCAAUACUGAUCGGAGGCAUCCUUCCGUUUGGAGCUGUCUUCAUUGAGCUCUUCUUCAUCCUUACGUCGAUUUGGCUGCACCAGUUCUACUACAUAUUUGGGUUCCUCUUUCUUGUAUUUCUCAUCCUCAUCGUCACCUGUGCUGAGAUCACGGUUGUGCUGUGCUAUUUCCAGCUCUGCAGUGAGGAUUACCUGUGGUGGUGGAGGUCCUAUCUAACCUCAGGGUCUUCUGCACUGUAUCUUUUCCUCUAUGCAGCCUUUUACUUCUUCACAAAGCUGGAGAUUACAAAGCCAGUGUCUGGCAUUUUGUAUUUUGGUUACAUGCUUAUUGCAUCGUAUGCCUUCUUUGUGCUGACGGGCACAAUUGGCUUCUAUGCUUGCUUCUGGUUCACAAGACUGAUCUACUCAUCUGUGAAAAUAGACUAAAGGCAUGGUUGCAUCAUAUGAGUUGCAUGUAUGAGGAAGUGAUAUUCUUGUCGACAGGUUCCCACUCAACUCCUCUGGACUCAAGAAUCUGGCGUCAUUUUUCAAAUUUUCAUGUCUGAUUUUAAUGUGAUUCUAGUGCAAGAAUCAGUUAUACACAUCAGUUUCGGGUUACUAGAAUGAAUAUGGCUUUAAUCAUUUUUACUAAUUUGUUAGUGUUUUUUAUGACAAGGAGGGUGGCCAGUGGUUUAAAGAUGAUUUCUUAUGCAUUGUUCUAUUUUAUAUGUUCUCCAUAUAUUUUAAGAAGAGUUCUUAUUUCAUUGUUCUAGUUAUA